AUGGCUUCCACGGAGCCUGUGAAGCAAAUGAGUAAGCGGGCUGGCCAGUUCCUCUUUUGCGUGCGAGCUCUGAUUUACCUCGAAGCAACUGAGGAGUUGAUCCUGAGCUGGUUUCCCAAGGGCCACGCCUUUGCAAAGGGGCAGUUUAAUUUUGUAAUUUGCUUGGACCGCGUGAAUAUCGUGCAGGCAAAGGAUCCGGGAACCACCGGCAACUUCGAGAUCACAGUCAACGGGAAGUUGGUCCAUUCCAAGAAGACACAGCAGCAGGGCUUCUUCGAGUCGGCUCCUAAGGUGCGGCAGUGGGACAUGGGCACUGAAGAAUGA